AUGACCUGUUCUUUCUGUAAUGCAUUAGUUUGGAAAGGUGAGGCUAUAGGGAGACCAACCCAUUCAUCGAGGAAGCUUUUCACCAUAUGCUGUCAACAAGGGCGUGUAAAACUGCCACCAGUUAAAGAGCCACCGUCACCGCUUAAGGAACUAAUAGAUACACCAACUUACCGCAAACACAACCGCCUCCUCAACUCGCUCCUAGCCUUCACCUCAAUGGGAGCUAAAAUUGACCACACAGUUACGGGAACACCGGGACCAUUUACGUUCAGAGUCCAUGGCCAGAACCACCACCGGAUGGGAUCCCUUUUUCCAGCAGAUGGGAAACCACCACAGUUUCUCCAGCUAUACAUCUACGAUACAGCCAAUGAAGUAGAGAACCGAAUGAAAUCCAUGAGCCGUGGAGAGUCUAAAGUUAAGGUUGAUGAGAAGAUACUUGAGCAACUCAUCAAGAUGCUAGAUUUAAAUAACCAUCUUGCUCAGACCUUCCGACAUGCGAGGGAUCGUUAUGAAUCAGGAACUGGAGAGGAAUUUAACAUAAGGUUGAUUAGUCAGAAACAGCGUGGAAGACAAUACGAUUUACCAAGUGCAGAUGAGAUUGCCAGCCUAAUAGUUGGAGACUUCAACCUACACAGCGGGCAAAGAGAUGUCGUUGUCCAGUUUAAAUCUUUGUCUCUGCAAAUGAUCAGUGACCUACAUCCUCUCUUUAUGAGUUUGCAGUAUCCUCUUCUUUUCCCAUAUGGUGAAACCGGUUACCACCCUCAAAUACCAUACUGCCCAACAGUAGAAUCCAGAGUGAAGAGGGAAACAAUGACAAUGAGGGAGUUUUAUUCGUACCAGCUUCAGACAAGAAUGACAGAAGGAAUGAUACUUAUAAAGUCAGGACGUUUAUUGCACCAAUAUAUCGUAGACGCAUACACUGCAACGGAGCAAGAGAGGCUGCGGUUCGUUAUACUCAACCAAAAGAAAUUAAGAGCCGAUUUGUACAACAACAUUUGCGAUGCACUUGACAGAGGAGACACAGACGCAAAAAGUAUUGGCACAAGGGUUAUCUUACCCUCAUCAUUCACAGCUGGGCCACAGUAUAUGUCUGAGAAGUACCACGACGCCAUUGCCAUUUGCAGAUGGUUUGGUAACCCUCACCUAUUCAUCACAGUCACUGCUAACCCAAAUUGGGAUGAAAUAAGUGAACACCUGGAAAAAUAUGGUGGGGAAUCAGCAAACAGUAGGCCAGAUCUAGAAGUGAGAGCUUUCAAACUUCGGCUUGAUGAAUUGAUGCGAGAUUUCAAAGUAGGAACCUUCUUCCCAAUACCGGAAGCAGUUGUCUAUACCAUCGAGUUCCAAAAGCGAGGCCUCCCACACGCACACAUACUCUUAUGGUUUAGAGGUUUCACACAAGAAGCCACGCCAUCCAUCAUUGACCAUUACAUAUCAGCUGAGAUUCCUGACAGAGAAACAGACAGAGAAGGUUUUGAUUUAGUUCAGCGACAUAUGAUACACGGGCCUUGCGGUGAUAGUCGAAAAAGCUCACCGUGUAUGGAGAAGGGAAAGUGCACCAAGAAUUUCCCGAAACCAUUUGCACAAGAAACCAGCAUCGACAAGUCAUGA